AUGGGUGUAGCCGUUGAAAGGAGCUUGGUGAAAGAGGUGAACUGGCUUGAUGAAAAUCAUGUUGAUGAAGAGAUUGAAUUGCCAUCUGACAGCUGUGAUUUGUCUAAAGGAAAAUGGGUUUUUGAUAAUCUCACGCGCCCUUUAUACAAAGAAGAAGAAUGUGGGUUUCUUACAUCACAGUUGACUUGUAUCAGAAAUGGAAGGCCAGAUAAAACGUACCAGAACUGGAGAUGGCAGCCCAAAGAUUGUUCUUUGCCCAAAUUCAAGGCGAGAUUGUUGCUCGAAAAACUGAGGGGGAAGAAGCUUUUGUUCGUGGGGGAUUCAGUAAAUCGAAAUCAAUGGGAAUCCAUGGUUUGCCUACUUCAAUCAGCCAUUCCUCCGCAGAAGAAGAACUGGAAAAUGGGAGCCCCAUUAUCCGUUUUCACUAUUCAGGAUUAUAAUGCCACAGUAGAAUUUUACUGGUCACCAUUUCUAGUGGAAUCAAAUUCAGAUGAUCCAAGAAAUCACAGCAUUUCAAAACGAAUAAUCAUGCCUGAAUCCAUUUCUAAGCAUGGAAUUCAUUGGCAACAUGCAGAUUUUCUUGUCUUCAAUUCCUACAUAUGGUGGAUGAACAGUCCCACAAUGAAAGUUCUGCAAGGGACAUUUGAUGAAGGGUCUGUGAAAUAUGAUGAAAUUGAACGAUCCACAGCAUAUGAAAGAGUUCUGAGAACAUGGGCUGAAUGGCUACAACAAAAUGUUAACCUUAAUCGCACGUCAGUCUUCUUCACCGGAAUGUCACCGGUGCAUCAAGAGAGCUCCAUUUGGAACGAGCCGGAUGGGAUAGCCUGUGCUGGGGAGACAACUCCAAUUUCGAACAUGUCCAUGGUAUUGGACAUGGGCACAGACCGUCGACUCCUUGAUGUUGUGGCGAGAGUAAUCAAGACAACAAAAAUUCCAGUCAAAUUGCUUGACAUUACGACUCUAUCAGAGUACCGAAAAGAUGCACAUACAUCGGUGUAUUCCAUUCGACAAGGCAAAUUACUCACACCGGAGCAGAAGGCCGACCCAGCUACAUAUGCUGAUUGUCUUCACUGGUGCCUUCCCGGAGUACCUGAUACAUGGAAUGAGUUCUUGUAUACCCAUAUUAUUUCCACAUCUUGA